AUGCACGAGCUCAGGCUCGAGUCGUCCUCCGACAGCUUCACACGCUCGCCUGACGAUGAAGCGGGCAGUGGGUUGCUGGGGCAUUCGACCUCGCCACACAAAAGACACCGCCGUCAGCUGAGUUUGUCGAGCUUCCCCGCGCGGAGACUGGUCGCAUACACGCUGUAUGCAGGCGCCCUCAUCGCGUGUGCGCUGGUAAUAAUAUGGCUGCAUCGUGGUGCUGCGCGUGCAACAGAAACACAGAUACCAAAGGAGGUACCGGGGGCGCGAAUACCACUGGGGCAGUCUGUACGCAAUUCAGAUAACAGGGAGAUAUUCUGGUGGGAGCAGUUUCCACGCCUGACUGGGUAUUUUCAAGGCCGCCGAAAUCUCGUCACUCUCUCCCAUUACAUCCCGGAGCAGAAUCGCAACGAGUCUGAACCUACCGAGUCCUCGACGCCAUUGCUCACACCCGUCCGCGCCCAGGUUGAUUUCGAUGGGGAGAAGUGCUACGCUGAUGAGGAGGACACUCUUGAAAUUCCACAAUGGUCCGCUUACAAGGGACUUCCCCAGCGCAUGCCUGCGCCAUUGAUGGGGUCGCAUAAUGAGAUUGGCUUGGACUCAGCGCGUUGUUACGAUCGAAUAGAAAGACUCGCAAUAUAUGGCGACCAGCCAGCUGACCAUGAGGCAGGCAUUGCAGUAGCAGAAGGCGGUGACAAUGACCCUCUUCCCGAUCGACGACCGAACUGGAAGCGUGCCAAAUGGGGUCCUGCGCAAGAUAAAUGCUACGAGAGGAAUCGAGAAAAAGUCGUCGGUCGAGAGGCGUUCAUUGUUCGAACCUGGUCCAACUAUACUUACACGGCAUACGACAUUGCUGUGUUACGUGCCAUUAUAAGCGAAGUUGGCCUUGCUUCGCGGGGCAAGUAUACCGUCCACUUCCUCGUACAUGUUCAGGACGAGGGUAUACCAAUCUGGGCGUCGGAAGAUGAGUACAAUCGCGUGUUAGAGGCCAGUUUGCCUCGGGAAUUCCACGGCAUGGCGACCCUCUGGUCCGUUGCGCAGAUGAGGCUGAUCUACCCGCCGCCAUUCCCUGAAAGCAUUGUCAACUUCUCCGGUGGCGAAGUCUACGAAGCGUAUCGAUCCCUGCACUUCCCAUUGCAAUACUUCGCCGAGAAGCAUCCUGAAUUCGACUAUUUCUGGCAAUGGGAGAUGGACAUCAGGGUGACCGGUCAUUACCACGAGCUGCUUGAGGCUGUCAGUGCGUGGGCCGAGCGACAGCCACGCGCCUACGCCUGGGAGAGGUCGGCAAAGUUCUUCAUUCCCUCACUUUUCGACAAUUCCUACGCCAAGUUCGCCGAGUCGGUCAAGAACGAAGUUGGUGAGACUGGACAUGGACCCAUUUCUGCUCCGCAGCGAGAACUUUCAGAACUGUUCCGUAUCCCAGAACAAGCAAAUCCGGUUCAUGCUGAUCACAUUACGGACCUCAUUACUUUCAACCCUCUUUUCGACCCCUCGCAGACGCAAUGGGCUUUCCGCGAUGACAUCACGGGCUACCAGGGCAAUCGUCCGCCGACUCGCGCCGCCUUGAUCACAGCUUCCAGGAUGUCACGGCGCCUCUUGAAGCUCAUGCACCACGAAACUUGGGGCAAGAAGCACACGAUGUUUCCCGAAAUGUUUCCUGCGUCUAUUGCCCUGCACUACGGCUUGAAGGCCAUAUAUGCACCCCUGCCAGUCUACUUCGAUCAUGACUGGCCAUCCGUACACGCGAACGAAAUCUUCAACAACGCCAAGGUCGGCGCGGCUGCUCAGGCAGCAGGGAUGGACCACGGCGACGGCUACUUCCACGGUGGGAAGGGCGGGAGCGUGUUCGGUCCAGGCGAGCACGUAUUUAGAGGAAGCACUUACUAUAGUAAUGCCGCAUUUGCAUCAUAUCUAUGGAACAGGUGGCUUGGACAUGAGGACCCGCAUAGUGAGGUCGAAGGAGACAAAGAGACGGGAGAAGGCGGUGGCGGCAGGAUGUGCUUGCCUAUGAUGGUGUUGCACCCCAUCAAGAGUGACGAAUGA